ACACGUCUGCCGUUUCAUCUAUGUGAAUCGAGAGUUAUUCUGGAAAUUUCGUUGAUUUUUGCGUGAGAUUGACGGACUGUAGAAUCAAUGUGGUGUUUGCCGAAGAUACGUGUGGCUCGAAACUCACCUAAACGUUGACACGUCUUGGGAGUGAUGCACUGGCUUCCCCUGGUUGCCAUGGUGAUCGCCUCGGCCCUGCCUUUCCCUCAGAAUCCUGUCCCCAGGCUUGUAGCCGCGACGAUAGAGCCUGGCAGAAACGACAGCAACACCAGCAGCGUCCCGACAGCUGAGAUCAGCAUGCCAACCAACUCAUCAAUGGACAGCCACUCCCAUGAGGCUGCUUCUCACAACAACUACCACACAGUCGACAAGCAGAGCACGUUUACACAUGAGGAGGACCACAUAUCCAAGGGCAGAGCAAACCAAGAGAAUCUUUUAACAGAAAACAUUGUUUUCAAUAACACAAAACAGGACUACACAGGUGAAGGCAGGACUACCGGAGCAGAUGCCUCCCGGUCGCACGAUCAUAGGGAAUACAAAACAGAAAAAAGUCUGGCCGAAAAAGCCAGUUCCCCAAGCAACAACAUUCUCAAGGACUAUCAGCUUAAACAUGAAGAAAACAGUAUUGAGGCAGAAACUUUUGUUAAAGAUGACAGGAACGCAAGAAGUAAACUGAAAGACGGGCCUGUUGAAGGUCCUAUGGUCACUCUGGAGAGCUCUCCAGUGCAGGAACAUCUGGAUGAAGCUCAAACGGACGGGAACACCAUUGAAAAAGAGUUGGCACAGCCAAAUGGAGUGUUUGGAACGGAACCGGGCUUUAGGAUCGACAACCUAGGCCUGCGAGAAGAAGAUCAGCUGCUUUUGCUGGACGCUCAUCCCCGGGUACUCUUCUCCCCGGCUCUUUCCCCACCCAAACACCCACCUCUGCUCCUAAUGCUGGAGUUGGGUUUGCUGGCUGAAGAUGUUGAGGACGAGGAAAGCCACACAAUGGAUGUUACCACACCCAGUAAUGGAGGCGACAAAGAGGCAUACAGGAACUUACUAUUGGGUCUGUCUGAUUCUGACAACCACGUUCCAAGCGUCCGCCGCAAACGUCAGGUCGGCCUCAACACGCAAGGUCGCGAGCGCUCCGUAUGUGAGGCCGAAAGCGGGUGGGUGACCGACAAGAAGACAGCGGUGGACCUCCGGAGUAAAACCGUCACUAUUCUGCAAGAGAUCCAGACACAGACUGGGCCGCUGAAGCAGUACUUCUUCGAAACGAAGUGCCGUAAGCCACUUCAGCAAGGGAACAGUGAAGGGCAGGGGGUGGAGGGGGCGGGCUGCUUUGGGGUGGAUAAGAAACACUGGAUGAGCAGGUGCGAAACCAAACAGUCAUACGUACGUGCGCUCACCUCAGACGACAACAUGAGGAUAGGCUGGAGGUGGAUCCGUAUUGACUCCUCCUGCGUUUGCGUUCUGCUCACUAGAGGAACGUACAACACUGAGAGGAAGUUCGAGAGGGCAAGAGAGCGAGAAGGCAGAAGGUACAGAUAGUUGAACGAAGGACUGACAGAGUUGAAAGAUCUUGUUAAUAAAAGGGACUGUAUCUGUUCUGGUUCACAUGUUGCUCAAAACCCAUAUGAUUUAUUUUUGUUCUUGGAACACAAAAGGAAACAGUGGCCCCAGCAUUUUUUUGUACACUUUCAGACUUUUUUACAGAGUG